CGGUGCUAUCAGGCCGAAGGAGACUUACUGUACUUUGAAACAGUAGUUUGAAACAGUCUCAAAUGGAACACCGAGACAAAGAGACAACCAGAGAAGUCACUGGAAGAAUAUCACCCUGAUCAAGGCAUAAUAUGUCUUCCAUGUUGCUAAGAAGAAAAUCAGAUGCUUAAGGAUGGAUCAGGCACUAACCAGACAGAGCCCAGCGUCAGACCUGCAUGAAGCAGACAGUGAGGAGCUCCAGCUAAGAGUGGACUUCUACAGGAAACUGGGUUACUCCUCAGCAGAGGUAAAAGAUGCUUUGACAAAGUUGGGCCUAAACACAGACACUAACUCGGUGCUUGGAGAGCUGGUCAGGAGCAGGACCAGCACCGUUCCCAGUGUUUCCAACUCAGACUAUGAUGAGAGGAGCGCAAGACAAAAAGACUCUCUUCUACCUCCCAGCUGGACCGUUGGGCCCUGCAGAAUUACACCUCAACUGGCGGAAGGAAAGAAUAUGGACUCCGAAUUGAGACCUAUUGUCAUUGACGGCAGCAAUGUUGCUAUGAGUCACGGCAACAAGGAAGUGUUCUCAUGUCGAGGCAUACAACUGGCAGUCAACUUCUUCUUGGACAGAGGUCAUAGUACCAUUACUGUGUUUGUUCCCACUUGGCGCAGAGAGCAGCCCAGAGCCGAUUCCCCCCUGACAGAUCAACAUAUUCUGAAGGAGCUUGAAAAGCGGAAAAUAGUUGUCUUCACUCCGUCACGUCGUGUUGGGGGAAAGCGAGUGGUUUGCUACGAUGACCGCUUUAUUGUCAAGUUGGCACAUGAAUCGAAUGGAGUGAUCGUAUCCAAUGACACCUAUCGCGAUCUCCAAAGAGAAAGACCUGAGUGGAAGAAGUGUAUUGAGGAGAGGCUUCUCAUGUACUCAUUUGUGAAUGACAAGUUCAUGCCUCCAGAUGACCCUCUGGGUCGGCAUGGUCCCAGCCUCGACAACUUCCUUAGGAAAAAGCCACUGCCUGUCGAACAAAAGAGACAGCUCUGCCCAUAUGACAAAAAGUGCACUUAUGGCAUCAAAUGUAAGUUCUACCAUCCUGAGCGAGCAAACCAGUCCUAUCUGUCCUUAGCUGAUGAACUGAGGGAGAAAGCCCUGAUUUCUUCGUCAAAGGAAGAGAGAAAUGCCAGAUAUUCACCCAGACAGUUUCAAUCUGACCCUGGGCCUGCUCACAAUGCCUGUUUCCAUCCUCGAGAGUUUAACACAGAGUUCAUAAGAGACCAGCAGUUUUCUUCGCAUUCUGGUCCGGUUAAUGAAAACAAACUGCUUAGCUGGGAGGAUCCUAGAAGCAGUUCAAAUCAUAUGCCAUGCUCUGUAACAGGAAGCCAGUGUCAGAAAGAGUGGCCUGGGCUGCACUUGAUGACAAAACAUUACUAUGCCAACGUGCCUCCCGAGUACCAGGAUUCUGGUUUUAGCUCUUUUGAGAGUCAGUACUCUGACAAUUUACAUUCCCUGAGCAGCUCCCACAGAUCAAGGUCCCAGCAUCAGAGUGACCUCGCCGGACCUAAAAAUGCCCCAGAGUAUUUACAGAAAAAUAACACCAGCCACUCCUGCAGGGGUUGUUCCCAUGCAGUGCCCUCAACAGCUCACCAGCACCAUCAUGGAAACAUGGACCCAAAAGGCCAACUCAGCUAUAACACCUACCAUUCUCAUGUGUUCCCACCUGCUGUGUCCCACCAACACAGCGUCCCCAACCACUAUAGUGGAGCCCCCCAUCUUCAGCAAAAUUACUGGUCAGAUUCCUUUCAAGGGCUUCCCCAAGCCAGGUCAAGCAGUAGUCUCCCCUCUUCAAUCCAUCCCUCACACUCCCACAACUCCUGCUGCUUCUAUAAGAGCCAUCAGUGCCAUUCCUGGGGCCAACAACAGCCAGCUUCUGCUGCGUUUGACCCACAAAGGUUAGAGCUCCGUAAGAAACUGCAAGCCAUCUUCUACCCAAACCAGGUGGAUGCUGUCAUGGAAAUCUUCCCACAUGUGAUGGAUGCUGAGAAACUGGCUGCAGAGAUACUCAACAUGAAGGCUCAAAGAGGGAUAUUCUGAUUAUUUUCUGUCCUGUUCAUUCAGAACUGACAUGAUGCUUGUGAUGACGUUUGUCACAGCAAACAGAAUUUCUUAACAACCUUGUGUAGAGGCUAUAGGCGAGUGUUUUUGAGUGUUCUGUGCAAUAUGCCAUUCUAGAAAUCAAAUGUGGCUUUGUAUGAAUGAACAGGUGAGUAAAUCUGUUCUGAGUUAUAUAUAUUUGUAUGACAUUAUAGUCAAAUGUGACCUUGUCAUCCAUGUUUUGGAUGCAAAGUGCCUCUAGACCAAAAACUGUUCUGAUUAAGUUUCUAGAGUUUAGAUUGUAGAUGCAUAUUGCAUCAAAUAUACUUUAUUAUAAGUUCUCACGCAAUAAGGAAUUGCUGUAUAAAGUAUUAUGCGUUCUAUUAUUUUAAUGAUAGUUCUCCAGAACAGCCUACUGUUCAGUAUUGUCUCUGUCAGGUGCAACUACAGUAUACAUGAACACAACAAUGUACUCACUCAGUGUCAAUCCAGUAGAGGAUCUGGAUUUCCCAAUGUUAUUUAAAAUAAAUGCUACUCUAGCUAGGAAAGUGAAACUGAUAAAAUGACUUUGACCCUAGGGAAAGGAAUUUGCUGGUGCAUCAUCAUCCUUUUCCUGUAAAUUAGCUUUGAUUUCAUGAAACGUUCUUUGAACAAACUGUAACAAUACAUGUGUAUAUGGGUCACUGUAUGAUUGGAAAUGACAAUAAAAAUAUGCAAAUUUAAAA